UCAAUCAGCUAAUUUUGUUUGCUUGUUUAAGCGUCCAAUGGAGAUGGUUUAAACUUGAGCAAGAAAAAUUGUAAAUAGCUGAUGCAAAAUAAAAAUUAAUACAAUUUUCUAAUUAAAGGAAUUCUUAGAAAAAGCAAACACUCCAGUAUUUUAAAAUAUUUAUAGAUAUGUAAGCUUCUAAUUGAAACCUCAUGAUCGUUAAUAUGGGAAAAUAACUAUUUUUUUAUUGAAGUAGAAAAAAAUUUCCCUAAGUGUAAGAUAAUUAUAAUUAAAUAUGUUUGUUUUUUUUUGAUAAUUUAAAGAAAAGGAUAGUUUUAUAAGCCCCCAUAUUUGUUUAUAUGUAUGUAUGAUUUGAAAUAUAUAUAUAGAAACUGAUAAAAAAAAUCAAGUAAAUACAACAAAUAACAUUAUAACAAAUUGAUAAAGAUAAGCUACCAAUAGCUACUACCUACAAAUAAUAAUGUUUUUGCCAAAGUUGACCAAAAUAAAAUUUGAGCAAAAUAUUUAGUAAUUCGGCAGUUGGCAUUUGUUAAAGACUUUGUACAAAAGAAUAACGGUUAAAACAGUUUUAACGGUUAUCUAUAUAUAAAAAAGAGAGAAAAUUAAAAAAAAACAAAGAAUUUGAAAAAGAGAGAGAGAGAGUGAAAAAAGAAAAUAAUUAAUAAAAAAUAAACAAAUAUAAAGAAAAAAUAAAGUUUAAUUUUAAUGUUUUUUAAAACAUAAAAUAAAACAUGUUUGUAAUAUUUAAAAUAAAAACUUUUACAAAACUUUUAUUAUGGUGGUGGUGUCUAAGUUGUAAGGGCAUAAACUCCAGUGCGAUAAGCCCACAAUUUAAUGAUAAUAACAAUAAUUUUUAUAAAGAUAACUUUAAUCUUCAUAAUAAUGCGAAAUUAGCGACACAAAGCGAUUUGGAAGAGACUAUAAUAACAGCUGAUGAUAUUGAAUAUACGACUCCCUAUGCAACUCCUGGUGUUACCUGGGAUACGGAAGAGAAAUUAUUGGAAAAUUCUUUGGUAAAAUUAAAAACUACCAAUGAAGAGAAUAGCUGUUUAUUGGAUUCUUUAAAAACGGCUCUAUUAUGGUGGUCUUAUGGCAAUGGUACUUUGAGGGAGACAAAUUUAAGGGUCUUGACUAAACAACAACAAUUGGAUUUAUCUUAUCGUAAUAUUAGCAAAGAUGGAGAAUUAUUGCAGUUAAUGCGUUCAUCUAAUAAAGAUCUAGAAAGUUUAAAUGUGGUGGCAGCCUCUUUAGCUUAUAAUAAUUUAACUAAUGUACCCUACAAGUCCAUGGAAUUAAUGUCUAAUAGCUUAAAAUAUCUUAGUUUAAGGGGGAAUCCCUUUAUGGAUAUCAACUCGGAAAUAGAAGAUCGUAAUUUACAUUGUUUACUGCUAAAUGAGGAGGAUGACAAACAAAAUCGUAAAAUAUUUACCAAAUCGGAAGAGGGUAUAGCCUGGGCCACUUUUCCCUAUAUGCCUCAAUUGCUGGAAUUGGAUAUUAGUAAUUGUGAUAUAGAAUUUAUUAGUAAAAUGGCCUUUAAAAAUCUAACAAAUCUUAAAAAUCUUUAUAUGUCUUAUAAUAAAAUGUUAACCCUUAAAUCGGAUACAUUCCAUUACACGCCCCAUUUACAAGUAUUGGAUUUAUCGUUUACCAAUGUUUAUGACACUUUCAUGAAUCAGCUGGUGGCAUCUCCUACUCUAGAAUCGGUAAUGAAGUUGAUUUAUGGUCUUAAUAUACAACAAUAUACUUUUAAGUAUUUACCCAAUUUGGUAUAUCUGGAUCUAUCUCACACUAAAUUGACUAGAGGCAGUGCUAUAGCUUUUACACAUUUGGGUCCUAAUCUAAAGUAUUUAAGUUUGUGUUAUACCUCUUUUCCCGUCUUUGGCAAUGGCAUAUUUAAAAAUUCUUCCCUUAUAGGCCUGGAUUUAUCGGGUAAUACCCAUGCUGCCUUUAGCAUUACGGAAGAUGUAUUUGAGGAUUUAUCUAAAACUUUAUCUUAUUUAUAUUUUGAAAAGGCCAAUCUGAAAGAUCUUUCCUGGUUGAAACAUUUACACAAUUUACGUUUUUUAGCCUUGGCCGGUAAUAACAUCAACACGCUGACAUUUGAACACUUUCAAAAUCUGCCGCAGUUACAGGUUUUGGAUUUAACCUCUAAUCAAGUGGGCAAUUGGUAUAAUCAGGUUUUCGUCAACAAUACCAAUCUGCGUGUUUUGAGUCUAAAAGAUAAUAAUAUAAAUAUCAUUACUUCGGAAAUGUUAAAGGAUUUCAGCAACUUAAUUUACCUAAGUCUGGGCGAUAAUAACUUUAUCUGUGACUGCCUAUUAAGAGAUCUAGUAGAUAUAGCAGCUUUAAAUAAUAAACAAGCCACGUGUCAGGGAAAUAUUUGGCAGGAUCUGCAUAAUACCCUAAAUAUAAGCGGCAAUCAUUUACAGCUCAUUUUAGAACAUUCUAAACUAUUUCUCAAUACUAGUCUCCAGAAUCUGGAUGUUCAAUCGGUGGUAUGGUCACAAAGUUUAGAAAAACUUAGACAAUCUACACGUAAAUUAAGCAUGACUAACAAAUUUAAAAGUAGUCCUAAAAUGCGUUUUAUUCUCGAUGCCCUUAGAACAGUCAAUGUCUCGAAAAUUUGCCAUCAUUAUAACAAUACCUCCAACGGCUAUGAUGAACGGCUAAAUGGUACUUUAAAUAAAGUACAACUAUUAGACUAUGAGGAGGAUCACUAUUGGUGCUACAAUGAAACCGAGAAGCAAACUCUGAUUAGACUUAAUUGUCAGAGAGCUUCGUUGGUGGAUGAUAUAGUAGAAGAAUUGGAUUCCUUAACCACUUAUGUUAUAGCCAUUGUUGGCAGUUUAAUAGCCAUUACCAUCAUAUGUUUGCUGGUGUAUUGGAAACGUUGGCAUAUCUACUACUACUAUUCUUCGCUCAAAUCGGCCGCACUACUUUCAUCUGUCUCACAGGAAAAUAUUAAUAAAUUUCAAAAUUUAUGUGAUCAACAGCCUCAUAUGAUUUAUGACAUCUUUAUAUCCUAUUGUCAAAGUGAUCGUGAUUGGAUUGUGCAGGAACUUAUGCCUAAUGUCGAAGACUCUGGUGAUAUUUCUAUUUGUCUACAUGAACGCGACUUUCAAAUCGGUGUCACCAUACUCGAUAAUAUAGUCUCCUGCAUGGAACGUUCAAAAGCUCUAAUGCUUAUUAUCUCCUCCAACUUUUUACUCAGCCAUUGGUGUCAAUUUGAAAUGCAAUUAGCUCAACAUCGUAUAUUUGAUCUAAAUAAAGAUCAUUUGAUAUUAGUUUUUCUAGAGGAAAUACCACGCAGUAAAAGACCUAAAAAUCUACAAUAUUUAAUGGAUGUUAAGACCUAUAUUAAAUGGCCAGGUGGUAAGGGUAAACGUCAUAUACAACCGGAAGAGCGUAAAUUAUUUUGGAAACGUUUAAAACGCACUCUAAGUAAUAUUGGUUUGAAUGCUACCGAAUCUAGAGCGUAAAUGAAAGUAUUUAUUGUAAAAUGUAAAUAAUUGUACCUGAUUGAUGUAAAUAAUAGAAACAAAAAGAUACUGUCUAAAUUUAAUUAUAAUUGUAAAUAGUUUGUAAUUAUUAAUUUUAAUU